GUGGUAGAGGCUCAUAAGCAAGGGCUCAGACCAGCCGUUGGCUAUGAGCUCAAUCCCUGGCUGCUGUGUCUCUCCAACUACCGGGCCUGGAAGGCUGGGUACCAUGGGCAGGUUUCCUUCCUGAAGAAAGAUCUGUGGAAGGUGAAUCUUUCCGACUGCCACAAUGUGAUCGUGUUCCUGGCCCCCAGCGUGAAACCUCCCCUGGCCACAAAGCUCCUUGCAGAACUCCCUGAUGAAGCCCGGGUGGUGGCUGGACGCUUCCCCUUCCCCUCCUGGACCCCCACCAGCACUCUCGGGCAGGGGCUAGAGCAAGUCUGGGCCUAUGACAUGAAGGAGGUGCGGCGAGCAGCGCAGAGCAGGACAGAGGGAAGCCCAGCCUAA